UAUUCCCCAAGCCACGCCUUGUCAGUGGUAAUCGUGUGGGGGUACACCUAUACCCCACUAUCCAUCCAAGUCUGACUGGAUUGUGUUGUUCCUCUCUGCUCCCCUUUUUCUCUUCGUCCUAGUCGGGCUUUGAGCCAAAGGUUCAACUAGGACAUACACAUUUUUACGGGGCAAAUAUCAAAACUUACGACGGAACUUGAAUUCGCUUGAUUAAUCAUGAAAGAAUCCAUAAUAUUAACGUUAAAAAAUAAUAAUUAACAAGAAAAAUAGUAAAUUUUCAUUUAAUAAUGUCUAAUUUUAUAAGUCAUAAUUAUUUAAUAAACACGAGUAUUUAAAAAAUUGUGAGCGACGGGAGUAUAAACGGUGUGAAUAUCGAGAGUGGCUAAAUUUGUUAUUGGUAUUAUUGUUAUUCUUCUUGGUUUUUUAAUACUGUGUUAUUUUUAACAAUAUAUGGCCUCGGGAGGGGCUUCCAUAAUCCUAUUUUACAAAAUAGUCAACGUUUUGGAGUCAUUUGUCCAUAUUGUUGAUGAGACUUUGAACUAGAACGACAGUGAUAACAAUUCAGGAUUAAAAGGCUUAGAAUAAUCCAGUGUUGUAAUUUUCUUCUUUGUUGAUAGGAUAUAUAAAAAUAAUGACAAUAUUCUAUCAGUGCACAGUGAAGAGUUUGGUUAUUGAAAAGUUUUGGGACAAAUAUUUUACAUUUUGAUAUUUGGAAAGCAAAUGAUGCAACCGUUGGAGCGUUCAAGUAACAGUGCAAUGACAAUGACAACCGACACAAUUUCAACGAACCUUCCCCCACCAACAGAGGACUCAAGCAAUUCGACAAGCUCCCCCACAGCAUCAUGUAGAAAUUUAUCAACACUAACCUUCUCAAUAGCAAAAAUAAUGGAGCCUGAUAAAAGACUAUUAACAUCAAGUGACAUGUCUACUAUUAGUCUACGUCAAUCUUCACCAAAUAUCCAAUCGCUGUCUUAUUCAGCGCACUUGGAAUCAGCAUUCAAAAAAUACGUUCCUACCCUAAGGCAUCAGAGUCUCCUUCAGCACUAUCCCCUGCUCUAUUAUCAUCCAAAUCCUUUGCUCAGAGUUUUUCCACCAAGUGGAACAGUUUCAGGGAGUAAUAAUUCAAGACCUGCAGUGGAACAUUCAUCAGCAUCUCCAUUGACACAAGUACCAUCAUCACAUCCUGCCGUCCGUUUGGAUAUAUUAUCAGCAUCGGCAUCAGCAUCAGCAUCAGCAUCAUCAUCGGCAUCAUCAUCAGCACUAUUAUCAACUAGUAAUAAUGGGAAAAAAUCACCGGUGCUAGGGCAAUUAGCUCUCUCAGUAUCAUCAAGUAGCGUCCCAUCAUCUACAAAUUCAUCCCCCCAAAUUGGUCAACAACUAUCAACAAAUAGAGAAAUAAAUUCAAAUAAACAGAAAACAUUCGCCUGCCCUGAGUGUGGUAAGGUAUUCAAUGCCCACUACAAUUUAACGCGUCAUAUGCCAGUGCACACUGGUGCACGUCCAUUCGUCUGCAAGAUAUGUGGCAAGGGUUUUCGUCAAGCUAGCACACUUUGCCGCCACAAAAUCAUUCAUACAGCUGAAAAACCACACAAAUGUCAAACAUGCGGCAAAGCAUUUAAUCGUAGUUCAACAUUAAACACUCAUACACGUAUUCAUGCUAAUUAUAAGCCAUUUGUUUGUGAAUUUUGUGGCAAGGGGUUCCACCAGAAAGGCAAUUACAAGAAUCACAAGCUCACCCAUAGCGGAGAGAAGGCUUAUAAAUGUAAUAUAUGCAAUAAAGCCUUUCAUCAAAUUUACAAUCUCACAUUUCACAUGCAUACACACAAUGACAAAAAGCCAUUUUCUUGUAAGAUAUGUGGUAAGGGAUUUUGUAGAAAUUUUGAUCUUAAAAAGCACAUGCGUAAGCUUCAUGAUAGCCAUUCACCAGUGCUAAAUAGUUCUGAUAUUGGAGGAUCUACUGUUCAAUCUCGUAUGGAAACCACAACGUUUUCUCCGAUUCAUCACAGUGGAACAAGUCACGCAUUUGUCAGCCCAUUUUUAUUACCCCCCCCUGGAUCACAUCAGAAUUACCUUACCAAGAUGUUGUGACAGAGUGACAAUAAUAGAAAGAGUCAUCAUCAGUGCCCGCUUUUUUUCGGUGCCAUGACUUAUUCCAGUGAUGUCGGACAUUUGGCGCAUGUAUUAAAGUGAAAAGGGCAUCAUCAUAAGUAUAUGUAUGUAUGUAUAGUAUUACAGUGCAGUUCGGUACUUUGUUGCUCAUGCAAUAGGAUUGUUUUCUUCAUUUCUUUUCUCUUCUUUUUUCAAUGAGGUGCAAUUACGACUGAUAAAUAAAUUUUGAUUGUAAAUAAAGUUUGUAAAUAUAAUAGGUUUAAGUGUAUAGCAGAGAAAUCAGUGCAUAUACGCCGGGAAUAUUAUAUUAUACAUAUAUAUAUAUAUAUAUAGGAAAUUAUGCUUUUUUUCAUGUCCAUCAAGAUAUUUCGUAUGUAAUGACAAAUUCUCAAUAGACGUAAGGCCGAUGAUCGUUAACGUAACUAUAAUUCAAAUGAUACAAUUAAUAUAAUGUACGAAUUGGUGUGAUAGUAGUUUGUAAGGAUUCUUUUAAGAUUAAACAUCGAUAUUAAAUAUUACAUUAACAGAUAUUAGCUGCAGAAAGAACCAUCAGAAAGGAAACAAAAUAAAUAAAAAAAAAUAAAUUUCUUUCAUUUCGCUUACGUAUUGGAUCUUACAUAAUCUUCUGUUGAAAGAAUGCGUGUCAGACCUAUGUUUUACAUCAUGUGAAUCUUAUAUGCGCAUAAAAGUUAUUAAAUUGCUUUUACCGUUGAAUGGUUAUCACAAAUUCCAUAUAUAUAUAUAUACAUACAUGCAAUCGGUUAUUAUAUGUAAUAAACGAUUGAAUGCCAGAGAAUAUGCAUUAAAAAAAAUGGUAUAUCUAGCUAGGUGAAAAAAAAUGCAUAUUACAUGUGUACGUGUCUCUCAUUGUAAAUAAUAAAGCUCAUCCAAAUCGAAGCAAUAAAUUAAUCGAGUACAAAAUAAAAACUUGAUUCACUUAAUUUUACUAGCUAUAUAUU